AUGAUCCGAUCAAGAGUGGUACUCACUGUUUUGGCUCUCCUUAUCAGCACCACCAGUACACGAGCCAUCGACUGGACCUUUUGGGAUAAUGAUGACGAUUCGACCCCUUCACCCGCGUCGUCCGACCCUAAAUACACUGAGACCCUGUCUCCUGAAACACUCAACAACAUGAUGGGCUCCGAUUACAUGGACAAUGUGAGGGCUUUGGUUUACUCUGGAAAGGGAUCAAACUCGGAGUCCGACUCGGGCUCGCUGCCUGAUCUAGGUCCAGCUUCUGAGCCGCCUGCUUCCACAGCUUCGUCCGCUGCCUCCUCACUUGAUACGGACGAUGACUCUUCAUCUAGUGCUCUAUCCCUAACGGGAUCCUCGGAAGCGGCUAUGCCAUCCAUGGACGAGAUUGCGACUCCUUCGACUGCCGUUAGCGACGUUAAAUCGACCUACCGUAACUGGGUGGGACCUUGGAGACAGUCGGCCGACUCAGCUUGCUAUCGUGAAUCCCAUUUCAUGAAAACCUGCCCAAGAAACUACGACCGCAAUGAACUGACAAGCACGUGCUGGACGGAGUGUCCGAUGGAUUAUCCCGUGGAGUGUGGCAUGCAGUGCAUUCAACAGAACAAUGACUGCGGUCGAGAAAAUGCCGCUAAGAUUUCUGCUGUAGCAAUGGGCGCCUUGAGUAUGGCUUCCUUCGGUGUGUUCGGUCAAUUGGCCAAGUAUGGAAAACACGUGAGCUGGGCUGUCGUAUGUGCCAAUUACCUCAUGGCCUUCGUGAGAGCUGUCAUCCGUUUCACGCGUAAUCAAAUGGUUAAUGAACCGCAGACAUCGCAGGAAAAACUGUUGCUGUUGCUGUAUCAGACGAACUGGGUCGUCGCCGAUCUUCCAGGUACUAUCUAUGCGUGCUCAGGCAGAAGUACUCCUCCAAGCCUUCAGCUAACACGUCAGCUCAUGCCCACCGCCCAGUUAGUCCUUCUGCUUGUAGUCAGCUACGACGACGAAAUUAUUGAGAGUUGGGAGAAGUUUAAAGCUUUCAUGAAGAGAGCCAACUUCACAGAAGCAGCCGAUCAAAUUACGGAGGGAGAGAUCUCAAGUCUGGAAACGGCGAUGAAGCAGAACUCGACGUGUGGUGACGAUCUCAAGACAUUGACCACCCAGGUUUGGACCACAGUACAGGAGUACAGACUGAAGAACCCCAAGAUCAGCAGAGCUGAGCUUCGCCUCAAGAUGAGCGAGUCAGACCUCAUUCUGUACGAAAUCCCCAAGGUGACCAACAACUGUAUGCCCAAAAUGAUCUCCGAGUCGACGGUGGCCACUGCGUACAAGACGCGCGAGACGCUGCGCAAGACCUACGGAGUUAUGAUCAACGACCUCAUCAAGUCUGGCAAGAGUGACAAUGGUACAUCCAUGGCUGCGAAGCACAACGCCUACACAUGGCUCCGUAUGUCUCUCUUCCUUGCUUCAUUUGGUUGGGACCCGACGGAUCUGUCGACCAUCUUUUCAGAAUUCCUCCAGACGAUCUGCGGCCCCACGCAGUUCAUGGGUGAAAUUGAUGACGGCAACUCACUUGACACUCUGGGAAUGAGUGCGCUUCAUAAGGCGUUCAAGAACAGCACUCUUUCUUGGAAGAAGAAGGGUGACGGUGCCGUCAUUAUCAACUUCAAGAGCAAGGAUACCAAAGAUGUAAUCGUUAACAUUAUGUCCGCUGGCGAUAAGAUCGAUGAAGUCAACCUCAAGGCUGGGGGCACUGCCCAGUGGAAGUCGAACAUCACAGCGCUUGGUGGCAAGACGCUGUACCUAGAUCGCUGGCGACCUGGUUUCCUCGGUCUCCCUGGCACAGGUGGCGGUUCCCUGGUUUUGUGGAUUCCCAUUUCGCGUCACGGUGGCCAUUUGGAGCUUACUGCCCAGCUCAACGUGAGCUAG